CCGCCUCAUCUUCAGACCACCAUGGUGAACAGAUAACUGCCCGGCUGUGCUGAGACCAUGGGAGGCUGCCUCUGCAGAGGUCACAAAGAGCUCCAACUACCCCUGUCGACGCUGCACCAGUCCGAGGACGGUCAGUCAUCUUCUGUUAAGGAUGGUCAGAACCCCUCCAACGGCACCGUAGCAGAUAAAUCCAGCCACUAUGACAUUGGGGAGCUGGCUACAUCUACUCUAAUGGGCCUGGUGGCCACAAUAAAGGAGCACAUCACCAAGCCAACGGCGAUGGCGCAGGGGAGAGUGGCUCACCUGAUUGAGUGGAAGGGUUGGGGUGGAAGUGGAGAGGCCGGAGGAGGUGGCGCCGGUUGGAGCAGAGGAUGGAGUAAAGGAGGUGGUGGAUGGGGGGGGAUGGGGACCGAGCUGCAGGAGGAUGAGCAGUUCUACUCCCAAAUGACGGAUGAGAUCAAGGAAGCUCGCUUUGCAGCAGGUGUAGCAGAGCAGUUUGCCCUGGCUGAGGCAGCGAUGAAUGUUUGGCCCAUGAGCGAUAACUUGGAGCAGCCGUCCACCAGCUUACAAGCUGCACAGAGCCAUUUCCUGUCCAAGUACCUCCUUGACGGAGGGAGUGUCGGUGUUCCUCAGCAUCUUUACAGCUUUCACACCCAGACUUAUGAUGAUUAUGCAUCCAGCCUGGUUCAUCCACCACCGCUCAGCUCCGUUUCGCCAACACCCAACGCUCUGCAGGACGCAGAUCGUCCCUUCGAGGACAGAAACGCACUGACAGUCGAAGCUGCCGUGCGACACGUAGACAGCAGCUCGCUGUCGGAGGAUGAUGUUUUUUACAACUAGGACUGGGGAGCAUCAAAAAGCCAGCAUUUCUGAUGGCGUUCUCUGAAAUAAGACUCGGCGAGCAGACUUUUAAGACUCCACCACCAGCAAUGAUCGAUACCGAAAUACAUCUGC